AGCCGGAACAGGGAGGCCGGCGGUCGCAGUUCCGCGGGGGAAGGCCGGGCGGGCGGACGCUUCCUGCCGCUGGGGAGACAGGCGGCGGCGGCCGCUGGUUCCGGGACUCGCAGCGGCAGGAUCAGGAGCUGCAGGAGGCACCGAGCCGCCGUGUCAGGAAUUGAAUUGUCGGGUGAAGGCUUCUCUUCACGGUGCAUGGACGGAAAGCCAAUGCGCAGGUGUACCAGCACACGACCAGGAGAGACCGGAAUGGACGUGACGAGCCGCUGCACACUCGGAGAUCCCAAUAAACUGCCUGAGGGGGUGCCACAACCUGCUCGCAUGCCCUACAUCUCAGACAAGCACCCUCGGCAAACCUUGGAGGUCAUCAACCUUCUGCGGAAGCACCGGGAAUUGUGUGACGUGGUAUUGGUGGUUGGUGCUAAAAAGAUCUAUGCCCACAGGGUGAUUUUGUCAGCCUGCAGCCCUUACUUCCGAGCCAUGUUCACUGGGGAGCUGGCUGAGAGUCGGCAGACAGAAGUAGUGAUUCGAGACAUCGAUGAAAGGGCCAUGGAGCUGCUGAUUGACUUUGCAUACACUUCCCAGAUCACAGUGGAGGAGGGCAAUGUCCAGACCUUGUUGCCAGCCGCUUGCCUUCUUCAGCUGGCUGAGAUCCAGGAGGCCUGCUGUGAGUUCUUAAAAAGACAGUUGGACCCUUCCAAUUGCCUGGGCAUCCGAGCAUUUGCUGACACUCACUCCUGCCGUGAGCUGCUGAGGAUUGCUGACAAGUUCACGCAACAUAACUUUCAGGAGGUGAUGGAGAGUGAGGAGUUCAUGCUGCUACCAGCCAAUCAGCUCAUAGACAUCAUAUCCAGUGAUGAGUUGAAUGUUCGCAGUGAGGAGCAGGUGUUCAAUGCUGUGAUGGCUUGGGUGAAAUACAGUAUUCAGGAGAGGCGACCUCAGCUUCCCCAGGUGCUGCAACAUGUCCGUCUGCCCCUGCUCAGUCCCAAGUUCCUCGUGGGUACAGUUGGCUCAGAUCCACUCAUUAAAAGUGACGAAGAAUGCAGGGACCUUGUGGAUGAGGCCAAAAACUACCUACUGUUGCCCCAAGAGAGGCCACUAAUGCAGGGACCAAGAACUCGGCCACGCAAACCCAUCCGCUGUGGAGAAGUGCUCUUUGCAGUGGGGGGUUGGUGCAGCGGGGAUGCAAUUUCCAGUGUGGAGCGCUAUGAUCCUCAAACCAAUGAGUGGCGGAUGGUGGCUUCCAUGAGCAAAAGACGUUGUGGAGUUGGAGUCAGCGUUCUGGAUGACCUUCUGUAUGCUGUGGGAGGCCAUGAUGGUUCUUCUUACCUUAACAGUGUAGAAAGAUAUGACCCGAAGACAAAUCAGUGGAGCAGUGAUGUGGCCCCCACCAGCACUUGCAGGACCAGCGUUGGUGUGGCAGUUCUUGGGGGCUAUCUGUAUGCUGUGGGUGGCCAGGAUGGUGUCUCUUGUCUCAACAUUGUGGAAAGGUAUGAUCCAAAAGAAAAUAAAUGGACUCGCGUAGCUUCCAUGAGUACCAGGCGCCUGGGAGUGGCAGUAGCUGUGUUAGGGGGCUUUCUUUAUGCAGUGGGAGGCUCUGAUGGGACAUCCCCUCUCAACACAGUGGAGCGCUACAAUCCCCAGGAGAAUCGCUGGCACACGAUAUCGCCUAUGGGAACCAGGAGGAAGCACCUGGGCUGUGCAGUGUACCAGGACAUGAUCUAUGCUGUUGGAGGUCGAGACGACACCACGGAGCUCAGUAGUGCUGAGAGAUACAAUCCCAGAACCAAUCAGUGGUCUCCUGUGGUGGCUAUGACUUCACGUCGGAGUGGAGUUGGCCUUGCAGUAGUGAAUGGACAGCUAAUGGCAGUGGGAGGUUUUGAUGGCACAACAUACUUGAAGACCAUUGAAGUGUUUGAUCCUGAUGCUAACACAUGGAGGCUGUAUGGUGGAAUGAACUACCGUCGGCUGGGAGGUGGCGUAGGCGUUAUCAAAAUGACACAUUGCGAAUCCCAUAUAUGGUAAGCAUCUAAUAGGAGGGAAAUACUUUGGUCCUGAUUCCUAAAUGAACUGAAGAGACUGGCUGACGCUGCAGCUCUCUAGAGCUCUAGGAAAAUAUAGAUUCAACUGAAUUCCUUGCUGGUGCCUCUUUUCUGUAGAAUUAUAAAAUGACUUCUUGUGAGAGUGUACCCAGUGGGAGAUCAUAUUGUCAGACUCCAGGGAACCACCUGACUCGAACACAAGUGUUGCUUAUGUUCAUAUUUUUUUCUAAAUAGUCUCUACAUUUUUGAAUAAUACAAACUUUCAAAGUUAUUCUAGCAUAAGCAGUGAUCUGGAACUACAAGCUGUGCUGGAAGUCUGGCAAAAAGGAAGAAACCCUGCUUUGUUGAACAGUGGAAAUGGCCUCUGUGUAGUGGGUGGAGAAAGAAAGUGAGACCGAAAAUCUUGCUUUUGCCUUAUUUAUGGAGAGCUUCAAAAAAGUACUUGAUCUGCAAGGUGCCACCUUUGCACAGAAGCUUUUCUGUGUGCAGAGUAUUUAUUUUUUCAGUUUGUAUGUAUUCAUGCAUUUUUUCUCGCUCGCAACAAAAAAAGAUUCCCCUUCUUUUUUUAUGUAUGUGAUUUGAGGCUAAUGGUUGGGUCAAAGCUGCAUCCUCUGAUACUUCUAGAUACUGCAAUUCCAAGUCACACCCACUAAAGCACAAGAACUGGGAAGAUUGGUGCCCUUGAGCGUCUUUUUUUUAGUCUUUGUGGAGCUGAGAAACAGGACUGGAAUUCCCAUCUCUUUGCUGAAUUAUUGAAGCCCAUAAGGGCA